GCAGUAGAAAACGAAAAUGGGGUGCAACAUCACGGCAGCGCCAGAAAGAAAUACGGUAGAUAUAGUAAAUUAUGUUAUUUGGGGAAUUUUCUCUUUUAAGAAAAUCGAAACAAUCAGUCAUGCUAAGCGAAUUUUGAUAAAAUGGACUUCAAAACAACAUGUAGCGGUGAAAACAGAAACCUUUUACAGAAAUGACGAUGCCAACGCCAAGUACUUGACGUUGUUAAAAAAAACAAGAAGAUGGAAAACUUGAGUUUUCCAAGGUUGCCUUUGAAUCAUGAAAUAAAAAGGACAAAGUUGAAAAGUUUGCAUAACCUUUUGGUGCAGCUAUCCACAGAAAGAUGGCGUGAGGAUGAGGAAUUGCAAUGGCUUCGUCCUAUUUUUCCAGAGCCACUUGAAGAGCUACAAGAGAAUAGUGAUGAAGACAAUGAUGAAGAUAAUGCCCAAGAAGUAUGUAACUGCAUCGAGGAUGAUGUUGGAGUGAAAGUUUGAAUAUUUUUCUCUAAGCCUAUUUUUUAUAAGAUUGUAUUCAUCGGUAAAUGGAAUAAAGGUAUUUUUACUUA